AUGUCUGAAGUUAAGCAGAGGAAAAAGGGUAUCUCUUCAUCCAAGACCAAUGAAGAUUCGCAAAAGGUUGAGAAGCACAGUAACUGUGGGAAGCUGGCAAGUCCCAGGACCGGCAAUCAUCGGAGUUCCUUUUGGAUGGACUCACGGACAACCUUGAGCAUCAUUUCCCUUGCUGUUUGCCUGGUGCUGACCUGGUUCCUGUUUCAGCAGUCAAAUCAAUUUGCUGAUAUGGAAAAAAAGUACAGUUUCUUACAGCAGGAAGCUGAAAAAUUCAUGGAUGUGGAAAAUAAAGUUAACUUAAUUUCUGAAAAGUGCGGGAAGACUUCGAGCUUAAUAGAACAGCUGGAAGAUCAUCAAAUAACUUCUCACAUUAAGCAUCUCCAGGAAGAUAUUUACACAAUGAAAACAUCGUCGAGCAGCAUAAUUAAAAACCAAGAAGAACUGCAGAAGAAUUUCACAACCCUUUAUCGUGCAGUUUCAAGCACUGAACAGAAUGCGGCUUCUGUCGCAAAAAACCUAACUUUGAUGAUUGUGACAGUAAAAACUGACAUAAGGCGUAUUUCUGGCCUAGUCUCAGAUAUGACUGCGUUGACACAUUCUUUGCAAGCACUAGAAGAUAAAGUAGAAAAUGGGGAGAAGACGACAAUCAAACAUAUAGGUGACCUGCUUACCAGCAGCAUCGACCGAAGUACAAAACUACAGAGCCUGGCAUCCAGCAACGCAAGAAAAAUUGAGCAGAUUGGGACAGCACUGUCUGAGCUCAGGAGCAGUUUUAACAAGCACUCAGACCGACUUCUGAAUCUCGAAGGUGACAGAGCCAAAGUUCUGAAGGCGGUUACGUUUGCAAAUGAUUUAAAACCCAAGAUGUACAGACUCAGAAAGGAUUUUGCCACCUUGGAGCCAUUGCUAAAUGACCUUACGCUGAGAAUAGGAAGAUUAGUGGAGGAUGUAUUACGACGGGAGAAAGAAAUGGCUUUACUGAAGGAGAAACUGGCCAUUCUUACAAGAGUUCAAACUGAGAUCAAAGAUGUGGAAGAGGAAAUAACCCAGAUUUCAGACAUGAACUGA